AUGUCUCGGCACUCGAAACAUUCCAAUGACCGGAUGUUCUUCACCGCUAAAGAGCGUGCAGAUGCCGGAUACUCGAAGACACGCAAGGAAGUGAUGGGCACCGACUGCUUCCUUCCAUUUGGCUUCUGUGGUCUCUCGCUGAAGGCCCCGAAGGAUCCAGUUGCAACGCCUGAUGGCCACAUCUUUGAUCGAGAAGCCAUCCUCGAAUGUCUCUUGCAACAGAAACUUGACAUCCAGGCGGAGCAGAAGAAGUUUGAGGAGCAGGAAAGAAGGCGUGAACAAAGACUUCAAUCAGCCGAGAAGGACGUGGAGCUGAAAGAGCUAGAGGCUUUCACAAGAGCCGAGCAAGGCCUGCUAUCUCAGGACCACAGGCACAAACGGGCCCUGGAACAGGCAGACACUGUACGGGAAGGCGUGCCCGAAAAAAAGCUUCGAAGGGGUGAACUUCUAGUUGUCGACAAGAGCCAGCUGAGAGCCAAAAGCUUUUGGACGAAGGAGUUUACACCCACAGCUGCUCCAACCGAAGUAAAGAAGGUUGAUGCAACCACCAAAUGUCCGACAACGGGCAAAAAGCUGAAGGUGAAGGAUCUCAUCCCUGUGAAGAUGGAAAUUGCGGACCAGAAGCUGAUGGACCAGGGAGGUGGAAAAGGCGUAUACUGCUGCGCUGUGUCCAAGAAUCCGAUAAUCCAUCAGCAGGCGCUCCUCCUGAAGCCCAGCGGAGUGGUGAUCCUGGAAAGCGUCUGGAAGGACAUCGUUAGCAAGGAGAUGAAGUGCCCUGUCACGGGCAAGAAGCUCCGAGGCGAGGAGGAUUUGCUCAAGUUAGAACGCGGUGGGUCUGGAUUCAGCGCUCACAACGACGUCGAAGCGAAGUCCUUCACAAUGAUCCGGAGCGCCAGUGGUGACAACCGCACGCAGCAAGGGCAUUUGCCCAGAGCGGGCUAUGCGGGACUUCACUGA